CGUCUCCAGGCCCUGCAGUAGCAGCGGCCGCUCCGCAUUCCUGGGAUUCCAGGGCUGUGACUCCGCGCUCCAGCCCCACGCUCCGCACCGACUCCGACACGCACUCGCUCUGCAGCCGCCGCCUCCGGCCCCAUUCGCUCUCUCGGGACAACAAUCCCCUCCCUCUCUCCUUCCCCCACCCCCGCGGGCUGCAGCGGGAGCCCACGGCUCCCUUCCCCGCCUGCAAACUCCCCUGCCGGCCGCAGCGUCCUGCCUCCGCCUCCCCAAACUCCUUCAAACUUUCCCCGCCGCAGCGGGGACAAGAUUAUUGGGUGGGGGCGGGGGUUUAGUUUCCCUCCCUCUCCUCCGGGAGCCCCCAAAUCAGGCACCACCCUGAUUUCCCCUCGCCCCGGGGAGCAAUCAGGUCUUCCCAGCAGCGCCGGUUCCUACUUUGUCCCCUCCUCACCAGUUGGGAUCCCUCUCCUGGUCAAGACGGAAACCUCCUUCUCCACUGGGAAACCCUCCUGGGGGAUUUUGAACGAAGCCUGAGCUACCGAGCCUAUUCCCAUUGCCACUGCCCAAGAAGAGAAGCGGCCUCGACAUGUAAACGUAGGGAUCCCUUGGAGUUGGCCCUGGGCAUGGACAACUAUUUCCAGUCCUGGAGGAGAGUAGUAACUAGUGGAGUGGCAUUCAAGACAAACCAGAAAACGUGCUGAGGAUAUCCAAAGUGUGACAGGAAGGGGCAGCCUUCCAGCCCAACAACUAUGCCUUUCGGGCUGAAAUUGCGACGGACCAGGCGCUAUAAUGUCCUCAGCAAGAACUGCUUUGUGACACAAAUCCGUCUGCUGGACAACAAUGUGAUUGAGUGCACGCUCUCAGUGGAGAGCACAGGGCAGGAAUGUCUGGAGGCUGUGGCCCAGAGGCUGGAAUUACGUGAGACACACUACUUUGGCCUUUGGUUUCUCAGCAAGAGCCAGCAAGCACGAUGGGUAGAACUGGAAAAACCUCUGAAGAAACAGCUGGACAAAUUUGCCAAUGAGCCUUUGCUUUUCUUUGGGGUAAUGUUCUAUGUGCCCAAUGUGUCCCGACUGCAGCAGGAGGUCACAAGGUAUCAGUAUUACCUACAAGUGAAAAAAGAUGUUCUUGAUGGUCGAUUGCGUUCUUCGUUGGAUCAGGGGAUCCGGCUGGCUGGCUUAGCUGUGCAAGCGGAUUUUGGUGACUAUAAUCAGUUUGAAUCUCAUGAUUUCCUCCGAGAAUAUGUUCUGUUUCCUAUGGAUUGGACUCAAGAUGAAGCAGUCCUGGAAGAUCUGACUCAAAAGGUAGCUCAGGAACAUAAAACUCACAGUGGCAUACCAGCAGCAGAAGCUGAACUUAUGUACAUCAGUGAAGUGGAACGCCUUGAAGGGUUUGGACAAGAAAGCUUUCCUGUGAAGGACAAUCAUGGAAAUGAUAUGCAUCUUGGCAUUUUCUUCAUGGGAAUCUUCAUAAAAAAUAGAAUUGGAAGGCCAACAGUGAUAUACAGGUGGAAUGAUAUUGGGAAUAUAAUACAUAACAAGUCUUCAAUCAUCGUGGAGUUGAUCAACAAAGAAGAAACCGUGCUCUUUCACACAGAUGAUAUUGAAAAUGCAAAAUAUAUUUCACGGCUGUUUGCUGCAAGGCAUAAGUUUUAUAAACAGAAUAAAAUCUGCACAGAACAAUCAAGUUCUCCUCCCCCUAUCAGACGGCGGCCCACCUGGAGUAGGUCAUCCUUGCCAAGACAGCACCCAUUUAUACUGCCACCUAUGCAUGUCCAGUGCGGAGAACACUACACUGAAACAAACAACUCACAAGACAGCAUUUUCCAUGGAAAUGAAGAAACAUUCUAUUGUAGAUCUCAGACCAGCUUGGACAGGUGUCCCAUGGACUUCAGCUACUUAAAUGGUAAUGGGCCAAAUGGCAGUAUGUGCAGUGCCCACAGCAUGAACUCUCUCAACCGUUCACAGAACUUCGUUCAGGCGUCUCCAAUGUCGUCCAAUCUCAGCAUCCCAGGAAGUGAUAUCAUGAGAGCAGACUACAUCCCCAGCCAUAGACAUAGUGCCAUCAUAGUGCCGUCCUACAGGCCAACGCCAGACUAUGAAACUGUCAUGAGGCAAAUGAAGAGGGGGGUUAUUCACAUGGAUAGUCAAAGUCAAUCUUUAAGGAACCUCAAUAUUGGAAAUACACAUGCUUACAACCAGCCAGAAGACCUGGUUUACAGCCAACCUGAAAUUCGAGAGAGACAUCCCUAUACUGUUCCUUACGGGCCGCAUGGUGGUUAUAACAAACCUGUUGCCCCAUCUGACCAAAUGAACCCUAAUAAUGCUGUGCAGAAUAAGGCAGCAGCCAGUGCCAUAUCCCACACAGUUAGCACGCCAGAACUGGCUAACAUGCAGCUGCAGAGCAGUCAAAGCUAUAGUACUGUCCAUAUGUUAAAUAACUAUCUUUUCAGGCCACCACCUCCAUAUCCACGUCCACGUCCUGCCACCAGCACGCCUGACCUAGCGAGCCACCGUCAUAAAUAUGUCAGUGGCAGUAGCCCUGAUUUGGUUACUCGUAAGGUCCAGCUCUCAGUGAAGACAUUCCAAGAGGACAGCUUGCCAGUGGUUCAUCAGUCACUCCAGGAGGUUAGCGAGCCACUCAUGGCAGUCAAGCAUCAUGCAGCUUUGCACAAGCGCCAUAGUUUGGAGGUCAUCAGCAAUAUGGUACGUGGUAUAGAAGCUAUGGCUUUAAAAACUUUAAAUGCCCCUCUGCCACGUAGAAACACCUUGCGAGAGCAGGUGCAGCCAGAAGAGGCAGCGCAGAUGGAACACGCGGUUCAGCAGCUCCCUUGCUACCAUCACAAGAAGACGUUCUCGAGUGCCACGAUGCUGAUACACAGCAGUGAAAGCGAAGAGGAAGAAGAAGCUUCAGAAUCAGUGUCACAGAUAGCACCGCUCCACGAAAAUGUGGAAUAUAGUGCUCAGUUGCAAGCUGCUUUGGCUAGAAUACCAAAUAAACCUCCUCCUGAGUAUCCCGGGCCAAGGAAAAGUGUUAGCAAUGGAGCCCUGAGGCAGGACCAAGUAAACAUUUCAGUGGCUGUAGCCAGGGCCAAGGCCAUGAGGCCAGGGCCGACCAAGGCCAUUAGCGUGUCUCGGACUGAUCAAAUGACAAUGAAUGGGGCCUCACUUGGACCAUCUAUCUCAGAGCCUGACCUCACGAGUGUAAAGGAGAGGGUCAAGAAAGAACCAGUGAAGGAAAGGCCUGUGUCCGAAAUGUUUUCUAUCGAGGACAGCAUUAUAGAAAGAGAGAUGAUGAUGAGGAAUCUAGAGAAGCAGAAGAUGGCAGGCCUGGAGGCCCAGAAGAGGCCCUUGAUGUUGGCAGCGUUAAAUGGACUCUCCGUUGCUAGAGUUCCAGUGCCUGAGGAUAGCCAGGAUGAAGUAGCCAAGGUGCCAAUGGAUGAGAGGUGCAAAAUCUUGAAGAGGAAGUUGGAAGAGGGGAUGGUAUUCACCGAAUAUGAGCAGAUUCCAAAGAAAAAGGCAGAUGGGAUCUUUACCACUGCAGCAUUGCCUGAAAAUGCUGAGCGCAACCGCAUCAGGGAAGUCGUUCCUUAUGAGGAGAACAGAGUAGAGUUGGUACCAACCAAAGAAAAUAAUACAGGCUACAUCAAUGCCUCGCACAUAAAGGUUACUGUAGGUGGGGAGGAAUGGCACUAUAUAGCCACACAAGGACCUUUGCCACACACUUGCCAUGACUUCUGGCAGAUGGUGUGGGAACAGGGGGUGAAUGUUAUAGCCAUGGUCACAGCUGAAGAGGAAGGAGGAAGAAGCAAGAGUCAUCGCUACUGGCCUAAACUGGGCUCUAAGCACAGCUCAGCCACUUAUGGGAAGUUUAAGGUGACAACUAAGUUCCGCACGGAUUCUGGAUGCUAUGCUACUACGGGGCUGAAGGUCAAGCAUCUUUUGUCUGGGCAGGAGAGGACAGUGUGGCACUUGCAGUAUACUGACUGGCCUGAUCAUGGUUGUCCAGAAGAAGUCCAAGGCUUUUUGUCCUAUUUGGAGGAGAUACAGUCGGUACGUCGCCAUACCAACAGCGUGUUGGAUGCUAGCAACAAUUGCAACCCGCCAAUCGUGGUUCACUGCAGUGCAGGUGUAGGGAGGACAGGGGUGGUUAUCCUAACAGAACUGAUGAUUGGCUGCUUGGAACAUAAUGAAAAAGUGGAUGUUCCGGUGAUGCUGAGACACCUACGGGAGCAGAGAAUGUUCAUGAUUCAGACCAUCGCUCAGUACAAAUUUGUCUAUCGUGUGCUCAUCCAGUUCCUACAAAACUCUAGACUCAUUUAAUCUCCUUAGAGAUCCCAGACGCAGUAUUGUGGAUUGGACUGAACCUUAUUGGCAAGACAGACACAUUCCUUUGACAAACGUGUCUUUUAUCAUGGUGUGCAAAUAUUGCACGUGCUCAAGUUGCCUCAAAAGUAAGGAGUCCUUGUUCUUCCGUAGAGAGUACCACAAAUUAUUUUGUACAAGGUAAUUUAUUUUUCAUGGAAUAACUUCUGAAUUUCUUGAACUUGUAAAACUUGUGGUGAGGUUUGAAUUGACAUAACUGAUCUGCGUUGCCAAGUAUCCAUAGGGAAGGUGAUCCUCUCCAGGGGAGUUCUGUUGACCUGUAUUCUGUUAUAUGGUUUAUGAAAUGAACAGGUCUUCAGGGAAUGGCUUUUUUCCAGUAAGAACAUUUUAGAGCCAAUUUUGUGGCUUUCACAAUGAAAACAAGACCUGCUAAAAGCCAGUUAAGACUCUGUAAUGGGCCAAAUCUGAUGAUAAAUACAGAGAAGAUACAAUGCAGAGAACCCAAAACAUGCAUCCAUAAAUGAAUGAAUGGAUGGAAUAUUACAAAGUAAGCAGUAGGGUAUUUCAGGCAGGAAAGCUGGGUAUGUGGCAUUACCCCUUGGCUUGAAGUGGUUUCCAUCAUAUACAGGGUUUACAGUUUUGUUCAAUGGUUCUCCGCACCCCCACUAUAAAAAUUGUUCCAACGCCACUAUAAUCAGGUGUACAGAGACCUCAGAUGUUCAAAAUUUGGCAAGAAUUACCAUUGCAGCUUAGUACUUGACAAGAAGCCAUAUUACACUUUUGUUAAUAUCCACCAGCCUUUGAUCCCUUCCUAGAUAAAGAGCUGUAAUACUCUGGCUAGGGCCCUGAACCCAACCACAUUGUAGUCAGUGGGAGUCUUUCCAUCAACCUUAGUGGGCUUUGGAUUGAGCAAUAGAAAAAUGUCAGCCAAUUGCAGCCCAGAAAAUAGAAGUCAGACAUUAUGUUCUCACAAAUGACUAACCCUUUCAUUGUUGUCACAAGGCCAAAUCCCACUCACCUUAUUCAGGCAAGGAAUGUCAUUAAGGUUGAGACAUCUCAUCUCCAAUCGCAGAGUUUUGUUUUCUGCACAAAUCGUUCUCAGUCACUUAGAUGGUUUACUUUCUAGCCCUUCGUGCAGUGCCCGUGAUCUGUGCUCUCUGACCGAUAUCCCUGUGUUCUGUUUACUAUCCUGGCUGCUGCCAAAAUAGUGAACUGAAGUUUUUCGCUUACAGACUGCUCCUGCCCUCAGAUUCUUUCCCAGUCCAUGUCUCGCAGUUUGACCAUAUCACACCCCAGCCCUUCUGGCACUGGCAAGCUUUAUUUCUUAGCUUUCAUUCCCCCCACCCGGCCCCCUGCAUUAAAUUGCAGAGGCCAUUUGCCCACUCAGGUUACCAUUUUUAUCCCAGGUCUCUUUGUAUCCUUUCUCUCCUUUUAUUUAUAUUCCAGUAGCCACUGAAAGCCCCAGUCUGCUACAUCACAUAAGGAGAGAAAAUCCCUGCCCCGAAAUGUUUACAAUCUGAAUAGACAAGACAGACAGAUGGGGAGAGAAAGGAAGUGUUGUUAUCCCCAUUAUACAAGUGGGGAGGUGAGGUACAGCUACUUUAAGUGACUUACCCAAGGUCACACAUGAAGUCUGUGGCAGGAGACAUGGGUUCCAUUCGUGGCUCUAAAUCCCAGGCCAGAACCUUAACCACCAGACCAUCACUUUCCUCUCUUUUCCCUCUGCCUUCCCUUGAGACUGGCUGACUGUUCCACAUCCUUUGUGCAAGUUCCCUCCUCUAGAUCAUUAAUUUAUUUCACUGAAGCCACAUGUUCACUGUGGAUCACUUUGUCCAAAAGUGAUAGCUGCUGUACUUUAAAAAAAAAAAAUGUAAUUAACAGUAUAGCUGGGUGGUGCUGACUCGUAAAAAACCAAAGCCCCCAUAUCUUAGAAAACUUGGUACAAUGGGUCAAAUUAAAAUCCAGUGUAAUGUACUGAGCUCAGUGGAACUGCAUUUGCUUUCAUCAGCUCUCAAUUUUAGCCCCAUAUGACUGACAGCCCUGAUCUUGUAGUGCAGUCUUCAUGAUGCACCCCCACGGCAACCCCCAGAAGCCAGGGGCAGGAGUCCACUUGUGUACAUCACCCUGCAAGGCCCACGCAGGCUUUGCUUGAAAUACCAGAAAACAUUAAAAGAAUCCAUGCAUAAAUGUGGUUUCAGUCAAGGGUUUGCUUUAAAUGUAUGCUAGUGACACGCUAUUACAACACUUGUGAAAGAAAUGGAUGGAAGAGCAUUUUGAGUCUGGUAUAGUCACUUGGCAGUACUUUAGAUGGGGCAAUUUUCUGUUAGUUUUGAGCAGAAAAAAGGAAGCUUAACUUUAAAAAGUCUGCUCAGGCCGUUGCUAUUACCUGACUGAGCUUAUACAAUGUAUAAAUCAGGGCCAAAUCUCCCCCCCUCCUCCCAAAAGGACACAUUUACCUGCUGUCAUCUGUGUUUUAUUUGCUUUAUCCUGCCUAGCCAUGGCCCAUUAUAUAGCUUCCACCUAUCUUACUCUAGAAACAAUCUAAACUGGACGGGUACAUAAUGACUGUAGGUGGGUUUAGAGCCAUGCUGCCUAACCCCUAAUCUGGAAACACCCCCUGUAGUCCAGCAAGCAGAGCCUGCAGUGUAUCAACUUUAUAGGAGAGCCAGGAUUAGGGUGAAACAUUGCACUCAGUAUGGUCACCCCCAGCUGCUGCAUUUUCAGAACUUGUCUUCCGGACUUCAGCAGCCAAAUGUAAGCUCUUGUUUGUUCUGAUUAAAGCUGUUUGCAAAGGCCACAUAAUUGUUUUAAACAAAUGGUUAAAGGCUCACUCCUACAAGAUUCUGAGUGCCCUCAACUUCAGUUGGGAGUUGAGGACACUCAGACCAGAUCCUCAAAGGUAUUUUAGAUACUUAACUCCCAUUAGGCACCUAAAUAAAUACCUUUGAGGCUCUGGCUGUGAGUGCCUUACAGAUGUUGCUUAUGCUGGUAGCUUGGCAUUUACAGUAACAUACUAGGGUGAAGGCAUAAUGGUGAGAAAAGAAAAGACAGGUUUCAGUUUCAAGCCACCAAAGGAUGGUUAGGAAAAAAAAAAUAGACCUAGUUAAACUAUCUUGAUAUUAUGUUUAAGAAUCAGCUGAUUUUCAGUCAUCUUUAGUUUUCCUCUAAUGCCUUCUGCCAGUGCCAAUAUCUCUCUUGUUAAAUUAGCAGCAACCAUUUAAAGUCUUUUCAGUGGCAUCUGCAUGGUAAUUGCACAGAGAUGCUUUAUAUCUGGGAAUCAGGCCAAGGAAUAAACCUUGAAGCAAAGUGUAUUAAAUUAGUUAUCUCGUUAUAGCUUUUUGAAUAAUUUCCUAAUGAUGAAUUAAGUUUGAACUCAGCGCUGUCAAGUUCCAUUGCUCCAUUUGGAUUUGAAAGGUAGAAAAUCAGAAGGGAAAAUAAUUGUUCCUAGGUCGUCUUAGUCAGGUAUCUUGGCGGAAAUGUAUAUGACUACUGCUUCUUUGGAUCUUCUGUAAGCACAGGAAAAAAAGUUAUGAGAGAGCAUAAAUAGCUGUGUUAAAAAGGAAGAAAAUUCAGCACCAUUGUCGUUACGUGGCUUUUUGUAGUGCAAAGGCACAUUACAGGUUUCUUUAAAAAAAAAAAAAAUAAUAAUUACAAAAUGGCACCAAAAGCCUUUCAACAUUAGCAAUAGGUGCCUAUUAAUGAGCCAGAUAGAUGGUCACAUAACAACCACUUUCAGUCGGCUACUAAAAUGGUAGCUGGAGUUUAAGGUGACUCACUCUUUCCCUUUUAUUGAAAGCUUGGUCAUUUUAGACUUUCCUUUUGUCUGACUUCAGUGUAUUUUUCCUGCUAGAUUUUAUCUUGACUAGAUCAGCUAGUAUCUUAGAUGAACUGAAAUGGUGUAUGUCUCCAGAGCUGCCUCUCUAGUCCCAUUUGUAACGGUAACUUCAUUAUGCCAGGGUUUUACAGUUGAGAGAGGUGAAUCUACUCCAUAUUGUAGAGGAAAAACGGAAUAUUCCGAUGCUGAAGGACUGCAGCUUUAUCACACCCAGGUUCUUUGGAACAUAUUUUCUUCAUCUUAAGGGAAGGACAGGAAUAAGCAUUUUCUAUCCAAUUUCAUUUGUUACAGUAGAAAUGAAAGCAUGGGACUUAAAGGAACAGUAUCUUUUCAUUUCUCUCCUACAGUUUUAGCAUCUGGGUCUUUUAAAAGGAAAAGGAGAAUGAAAACUCUAGUUAUAUUUGUGGUUUUCAUGCUGUAUUCACAUCAAAGCAUGGGCAAUGGGUAGUUCACAAGAAACCACUUUUAAAG